AUGCUGCACAACUGGCCUUGCGAAAUCCGCAGCUCGGCGCCGUUGCCGGGCCCGCUGACGAAGGAGCGGUCCCGCGCCGACCCGGGAGGGAAAAGCGCGCAGCUGUCGCCGGCCGAGGCGGACCGGAGGAAGCGAAGGCGCGAGAACAACAAGGCGGCGGCCGCCAAAUGCCGCAAGAAGAAGAAAGACAGGACGGAAUAUUUGAUGCAGGAAUCGGAGAAGCUGGAGAGCGUGAACGUGGACCUGAAGGCCCAGAUCAAAUCUCUGAACCAGCAGAAGCAACAGCUAUCCCACAUGCUGAACCAGCACCGGCCCACCUGCAUCGUCAGGGCCCAGAACGGGCGAACUCCCGACGACGAGAGCGACCCGCUGGUGCGCCGGCUCCUGCGAAGCGCCGUCGUGUCGGAAGGCGACGGCUCCGUCUCGGCCGACGCCGGCGAGCCGGGCCUCGGUCUAGACCGGCUGUGCUGGUCGCUUUCCGUGUGA